CCGCCGCCAUCAUGAGAAAGGGCAAGCACGGGCUCCGCAGGGGCUUCAGAGCCGCCCGCCAUUUGCAUUUGGCAGCUGCCUCGGAGACCUUCUGCUGCCGGGGGCGUGCCCUGCCCUCACCCAAUAUGGCCGGCGGGGGAGGCGGUCACGUGCUGGCGGGGCUGGCGCUGCCGGCGCGCUCUGCGGGGCGGCCACGUGGGCGCGCGCGCGAAUAUAUCUGAAUUUCAAAUCCAAGAUGGCUCAGAAGAGGAGCUCAAGUGGGCGGUCAUUCCCAUUGCUGCUGCUGCUGAUUGCUGUGGCCUUUGUUCAUUUAACUGUCUGUCCUUUUACAAAAGUGGAGGAGAGCUUUAACCUACAAGCUAUCCAUGAUGUGGUGUACCACCAGCUGGACUUGGAUAAGUAUGACCAUCAUGAAUUUCCUGGAGUUGUCCCAAGAACUUUCCUUGGACCAAUUUUUAUUGCUGCUCUUUCCAGCCCGGCUAUCUACAUACUUUCUGUGCUAAGAAUGUCCAAGUUCUAUUCCCAGCUGAUAGUUCGAGCAAGUUUGGGGCUCAGUGUGAUUUACACCUUAUGGAAGCUGCAGAAAGAAGUUAGAAAACAGUUUGGAGCAACUACAGCAUCAAUCUUCUGUCUCAUCACUGCUACUCAGUUUCAUUUGAUGUUUUACUGUACAAGAACCCUCCCUAAUGUGUUUGCACUUCCAUUUGUGCUCCUGGCAUUGACAUUUUGGAUACAGCAAAAGCAAAGGCCAUUCAUUUGGUUCUCAGCUUUGGCGAUUAUAGUCUUCAGAUCAGAGCUCUGCAUAUUCUUAGGCCUCAUGCUCCUGGUGACGUUAUUAACUAAAAGAAUCUCCAUUUUCAAGGUGCUUUCCCAUGCUGUUCCUGCUGGAAUGUUUUGGUUGGGGCUAACAGUUGCUGUGGAUUCGCUAUUUUGGAGGCAGCUUGUGUGGCCUGAGGGGAAAGUGCUCUGGUAUAACACAGUUUUAAACAAAAGUUCCAACUGGGGAACUUCUCCCUUCUUGUGGUAUUUCUAUUCAGCCCUGCCUCGUGCUUUGGGAUGCAGCAUAAUAUUUGUACCUUUAGGGGUAACAGAAAAGAGAACUCGGAUUUUACUUUUGCCAGCACUGGGCUUUAUUUUCUUGUAUUCAUUUCUCCCACAUAAAGAGCUGCGUUUCAUCAUCUAUACCUUCCCUGUUUUCAACAUAGUGGCUGCUAAAAUGUGCUCACGAAUUCUGAAUAACUACCGGAGAUCCUGGCUGUACAAACUUGGAUCGUUCUUUAUUAUAAUACAUCUUCUACUUAAUGCUGUUUAUUCAGGAACAUCUUUAUAUGUUUCACAUUUCAAUUAUCCUGGAGGAGUAGCAAUUCAGAAGCUGCAUGAGUUGGUACCUUCAACAGCAGAUGUCUCUGUUCAUAUUGAUGUGGCUGCAGCACAAACGGGAGUUUCUCGGUUUCUAGAAAUCAAUUCUGAUUGGAGGUAUGACAAAAGAGAAGAUGUUAAACCAGGAGACCAGUUGAUGUUUUCUUACACACAUAUACUGAUGGAAACAAAUCCUCUUCAAAUAUCACAUUACAAGACAACCCACAGGCCACUGGCAAAUAUACCUGGCAUCAGUAAAAUUGGGUUGAACCUUACUGCACUACCUCCUUUUACUUUAAACUUGAAACCAAAAUUAGUACUGUUGGAAAAACUUCCUCUAUCGUCUUGACUGUGAAUUUUAAGGAGUUUGAUAGGAGCUACAGCAAAUGUCCCUUCAGAGGAGCCAAGAUUCUUGAGUCCAGAGAACUGUGAUUUUCAGGUGAGCUUGUUCACUGCCAGCAUUCCUCCUUGUUUGAUGUGACUCCACAAUGCUUUAAGUAAUAGGCUGUAUUUACAGUCAAGCCUUGAGUGAAAAUUGUAUCACUUGUUUAUGAAGAAAAAUGUUUUUUUUUCAUGCUCUCUCCACUGGUUUGGAGAGAUUAAAAAUCUCCUCUACAAGGGUCAAGGUUAUAUUCACAGUUAAAAUGUAGGAGAAAAAACUGAGAUAAUAAUUAACCAGUAACCAUUUAAACAUGUUUCCCAAUAAGCUGCUUCAAACUCACCUACUUCCAGCUACACAUAAACUAGACCAAACUGUUUUAUUACUGCAGGAAAAAUGUGUGCUGUUCUCAUUUAACUCUAGAAGAACAAAGAGAUGCUGACUAUUGAUAGAAGUAAACAUUGUCUUUUAAAAUACUGCAGGGAAAAAAAAGCAGUAUUAGUCUUUCCCAAGAGCACUAUGUAGUAGUUUACUUAAAUUGUAUAGGUAUAAACAUAACAUGAUGGAAUAACACUUGAAAUACCUGAAACUGUAAAAUGUUUAGAGAAAUUACACAUGGAAACCAGAGCAACUUGGGAAGUAAUUCAACCAAUUUUCCUGAAGUUAAAACAGCUUUUGGAAAAUUAAAAGCAGCAGAAUCCAGGCUCAAGCCAAAAGAGCUAAAUGGAAAACCUGUCUUUUCACAUAGCUUGUUCUGUGGUAUAUUUAUGACUACAAUUGUUUGAAUUAAUUUUUUGUCAAUGGUUGUCUUAAAUCCAUAUGAAAAUAAAAGGCAGUGUUGACUACCACUGGAAAAUUGCAAAUAAAAUGUUUAAUUUCAGAAACUGAGUUCACCAUUUAUAAAUACACUAAAACAUAGUAAAUGCAAAAUUAGAUUAGGCAUAGGUAGAGUAUUUUAACAAAGCUACAACUUUUCUAAAAGGUCAUAGGCAAAUAAUGACUUGUUUCCCAAAAAUGUAUUCAAUGAAAAAUGAAAUUAAAAGAUAAGUCUUUCUAGAGAAAAACUAAGGAGAAUGUUCCUUUCAAAUUAAAAUGCUGGCUAUUUUUUCCAUCUUAUUUGAAGCUUUAAAGGCUUUAUAUCCCAUUUGCCUGAUGGACACCAACAGUUAGGAAUCAACCCUACUACAUAAAGUUCUAAGCAGUGCACCAUAUCCAUAAGGCUAUUACUGAAAACCAGAAGAUCAGUUAUUUCUGCACUAGGAGCUUUAAGAAAGGCUGUUCUACACAAUUGAAAUUACAUUAGGAGUAAGGGCUCAAUUUUUACAUUAGGGACCUUAUAGUUUGGAUGCACUAAAGAUUAGAAAAGGCUUCAAAAUGACAUUAGAGUCUUCUUGGUAAGUUUCUUGCCUUUUUUGUACACAGCAUUAAAUAACAAGCAUUAAUUCACAAACUUUGAGAGAACUUCCAAAGACCUUUUAUAAAUACCCAGAAUAUUUCUGUAAUUCAUUUAAAAUGUAAAGCCUGAACAGGAGAACCCAGAACAGGAAGUUUUACUACCGAUUGCUGUAUAAGUGACAUUCCAUCUUAUGUUAAAUUUAAGAUUUAUUUUCAGAUACUAAGUCAACAGUCUCCUGUAAACACAUCUUCCUCAAAAACUCUUCUUCAUCCUUUAAGUACUUUAGGGCUUGCAGUUAAAAACACCAUAUGAUAAAAAGACAGCUUGAACCCCAUCUUUCACGUACAGCUUUCUUUUGACAACUACAAAACCUGUUUUUUUUGUAAUUAAAGCAAUGUUCAACUAAAAUACAGUACCUGGUUUAUGGUUUUUACAUAAUAAUUGAAUAAAAAACUACAGAAUAGAACUGUUUACAUCUUUUUUUCCAUUCUAUUAAAACAAUGACUGAGCUUUUUAAAGUUCAUUUACAAUUAUGGAUUAAAACCUACAUAAUUUUGUAUAAUUUGAUGAGACAGGCUAUCUCUAGUGUGAACUUUUAAAAAACAUAUAUACAAUAUCUGGCCUGAAGUACUAUGAAUAAGGCACAUGUAGACAUAUUGAAAGCUGAAAAAAAUGAAUCUAAAAUUUGGAAUUAUAGUCACUGAUUAGAUGUCAUACAUGGCCCCUACUGGAGCAAUUUAAAAAUCCAAGUUAUAGAUAGUUAAUAUCCAGUGAGCAACAACAGAUUUAGUCUAGCAGUUUGUUCAUUAGUUUCAAUACUGGAAGUAUAUUAAAGGAAGA